AUAAAGCUACACGGAAAGAAAUGGGUUGUGUUUUUGUUUAAAGAAUCUUCGUGCUGCUGAAGAUGGGUGGAGGGGGGCAUGGGGUGGCGUAAAAAUAUGAAUUCAGGCUGUAGAAUAGUUAAAUGUCAUGUAAUCCGCACAAGGACUCGGUCGUUCGAAAAAUGACGAGCAAUCGGCGACACACUUGCGUGUCUUCAAGACCUGCGCAGAUCGUGACGUUUAGGAAGGUUUCCUAGCUACCCGCCGCAAAACGACGCACUCUCCUUAGCAACGGAAAAGUUAUCAGUGUUUGGCGAGCUGUGGGAUAUAAGCAAUCGCUCGGCCCAUCAUGUCGCUCCCGGGAUAUUCUCCCAACAAAAACCUGGGAAAGGAGAAAUUUCACAAGUCCCAGCAUUUUGAUUUUUCCAACGGGGUUCGGCUGGCGGUCGGUGAAGAGAAGCCUGGUAUCGGGGGUGAACCACUCCCGGGCCAGAAGAUCCGCCCCAAGUACUCCAUGUUCCCCCAAGGAGAGGGCAGCGAUACUCCCUCAUGGGUUGCCUUUGACAAACAGGUGCUUUGCUUUGAAGCACACUUCAAAGAACCAGUUCAUGAAAGCAGAGUCGAGCAGCUCCGAAUCAGGAAGUGCAAGAUUUACUUUUUCCUGGAGGAUGGAACUAUACAAGUGGUGGAGCCCGAGAAACAAAACAGUGGGAUUCCACAAGGGACUCUGAUCAGACGUCACCGCAUUCCCCUCCCUCCGCCACACGACGAGUUUCACUACGAGGUGCAACACUUCAACAUCAACCAAGAGGUCGUGUUCUAUUCGCGCACCUUCAGGAUCACUGACUGUGACCUCUUCACCAAGAAAUUCCUGACCAAACUGGGCAUUAGGCUGAACCUGCCGGCUCCCACCCCAGAAGACCCCUACAACAGCCUCCGGAGGCAGAUGGAAGAGAGCAUGAGCCCUCUCCGGCCGUACGAGCGCUCCGACACCCUGAGGCAGUUCCUGGACCACGACAGACGCGUCCUGCGUUUCUUCUGCCACUGGGAUGACUCUGAGACGAUGUUCGGGGACUCCCGCGAGCUGGUGCUUCACUACUUCCUGGCUGACGACACCAUUGAGAUCCGAGAGGUGACCUACCCCAACUCCGGGAGGGACGCAGUGCCCAAAUUCCUCCACCGCAGGAAACUGCCCAAGCGUGCCCCUCCUCCUACACGCCAGCCAGGGGAAAUAACGGACCGCACUGUCCUCAAUGUGUUUGGGCCAAUGGGACAUGGUGGACGCUACAUUCUGGACAACCUGAAGACUGGUGCUGUACAUGAGGAGUUCUACAAGGACUGUGACCUGACCAUCGGAGCGGUGAUUAAUGUGUGGGGCAGGAAAGUGGUCGUCUGUGACUGUGAUGGCUUCACCAAGGAGUAUUACCGCACAAAAUAUGGUGUUGAGGAUUUUACCCCGGUGACGUACAAAGCUUCCCCAGCUCCUAAACCACAGAAAGAGCCUCCACCCUACAAUGGCUUUGGCUCAGAGGAAGAUUCUCUCUGCUCCUGCGCAGGAUUGCUGCCAAAACCCCCACAGAAGGACUUUAAGAAGCUGAUGGAGAAAGACAGACAAGGCCUGGAGAGCAACAUACUGAGAUUUGUUGGCAGAAUGGUUUCGGAUAACCCUAUUGACAGUGAGAGGAAAUUCAUCAUCUCCUUUUACCUUAGCGAUGACACCAUCUCUAUCUUUGAACCUCCCCAGAGGAACUCAGGUAUGAUUGGAGGGAAGUUUUUAGAAAGAGGACGGAUAAAAAAGCCAGGACAGGAGCUGUUUAAGAGUCAGUGCUCAGAAUAUUUCAAAGCAGAGGACCUGUACGUGGGAGCAAGAGUGUGUUUCAACAACCAGGAAUUCCAGUUAGUGGAUGCUGAUGAGUAUGUGUUUAGCUACAUGGAGCAGCACGCUGAAGAGUUCCCCAAAGGAAACAUUGGAACCAUCAUAAGCAAACUGAGGUCCAUCACCGAGCCAAAGAUGAAGGAGAUCAAGCAAUCAUUUAUGAUGAUUGACCCAGAAAACACAGGAGAGAUUGCAUAUGAGCCAUUCAGGAAUCUGCUGAUGGACAUGGCCGGAGGAGGAAUGUCUGAGCAUGAAAUCAUGACAAUUGGGCGCCACUAUUGUAUCCAGGAGCAAACUGAGAUAGACCUUGGCUUCCUGAAGGCUCUGGCCCAGGAACUGCUGAGGAAGAAGCACUUUGAGAGCUUCCCUGACAUGACCAACGCUUUCAUGCAUGCAGACGAAAAGAGGACUGGGUUGUUGCCUGUCUGGGAAUCCAGGACGAUUUGCAAAGCCUUCAAGCUCCCUCUGCCUGAUGACCUGCUGAAAGCCAUCCUGGAAAAGUUUGAAAAUGGCAAAGAAGAGGUGGAAUACAAUGGCUUCCUGUCAGCGAUAAACUGGAGAGACAGUCCGGUACCCACAGCUCUCCCUGAAACACCUAUCAAGUUUGAUAUAGGCUGGAAUGGAGAACCCACAGGCCCAGCAGUGAAAAAAAUCAACUACUCUAUCUUAGUGGAGGAUGUUUUUGGCAAACACGAUUGAAGUCCACAGUGAAAGUACUUUCUACUUAUUAAAAAAAAGACCACUUUCUAAUGAAAAACAUCUUGCUUACUUGCUUUCUUCAAGAUUCAUGUCUUCACGAUUUAUGCUCACAAAGUAAAUUAAAGAUUAAUCUUAACAGUU